CAGUGUGUGCCCACAAGAGCCAGCUCUCCCGAGCCCGUAACCUUCUCGUCCCGAGAGCUGCAGUUUCAGCCGCGACAGCAAGUACCGCUGAGCGGGCGACCGCAGCGUCGGCGGAGGCAGGAGCAGCCUGGGCGGGUCGCAGGGUCUCCCCGGGCGCAGGAAGGCGAGCAGAGAUAUCCUCUGAGAGCCAAGCCAAGAACAUUAAGGAAGAGAGGAGGAAUGAGGCUGGAUACAGUGCAGUGAAAACAGACACUUCAAGGAGAAGGGUACCCACUACUCAGAGACUGGACUGUGUCAUCAAAAUGAGAACUUACCGAUACUUCUUGCUUCUCUUUUGGGUUGGCCAGCCCUACCCAACUUUCUCAACUCCACUAUCUAAGAGGACUAGUGGUUUCCCGGCAAAGAAAAGGACCCUGGAGCUCUCUGGAAACAGCAAAAAUGAGCUGAACCGUUCGAAAAGGAGCUGGAUGUGGAAUCAGUUCUUUCUGCUGGAGGAAUACACAGGAUCCGAUUAUCAGUAUGUGGGCAAGUUACAUUCAGACCAGGAUAGAGGAGAUGGAUCACUUAAAUAUAUCCUUUCAGGAGAUGGAGCAGGAGAUCUCUUCAUUAUCAAUGAAAACACAGGGGAUAUACAGGCCACCAAGAGGCUGGACAGGGAAGAAAAACCUGUUUACAUCCUUCGAGCUCAGGCCAUAAACAGAAAAACAGGGAGACCCGUGGAGCCCGAGUCUGAAUUCAUCAUCAAGAUCCAUGACAUCAAUGACAACGAACCAAUAUUCACCAAGGAGGUUUACACAGCCACUGUUCCCGAAAUGUCUGAUGUCGGCACAUUUGUUGCCCAAGUCAGUGCAACUGAUGCUGAUGAUCCAACGUACGGAAACAGUGCCAAAAUUGUCUAUAGCAUCCUACAGGGGCAGCCCUACUUUUCAGUUGAAUCAGAAACAGGUAUCAUCAAGACAGCCUUGCUCAACAUGGAUCGUGAAAACAGGGAGCAGUACCAAGUGGUGAUUCAAGCCAAGGAUAUGGGUGGCCAGAUGGGGGGACUGUCUGGGACCACCACAGUGAACAUCACGCUGACGGAUGUCAAUGACAACCCUCCCCGGUUUCCCCAGAGUACAUACCAGUUUAAAACCCCUGAAUCAUCUCCGCCGGGUACACCAAUUGGCAGGAUCAAAGCCAGCGAUGCCGACCUGGGAGAAAAUGCUGACAUUGAGUACAGCAUUACAGAGGGAGAGGGGCUGGACAUGUUUGAUGUCAUCACCGAUCAGGAAACCCAGGAAGGGAUUAUAACUGUCAAAAAGCUCUUGGACUUUGAAAAGAAGAAAGUGUACACCCUCAAAGUGGAAGCCUCCAACCCUCACAUUGAACCCCGCUUUCUUUACCUGGGUCCAUUCAAAGAUUCAGCCACAGUUAAAAUUAUGGUGGAAGAUGUAGACGAGCCCCCUGUCUUCAGCAAACUGGCCUACAUCCUACAAAUAAGAGAAGAUGCUCAGAUAAAUACGACAAUAGGCUCAGUCACAGCCCAGGAUCCAGAUGCUGCCCGGAAUCCUGUCAAGUAUUCUGUUGAUCGACACACAGAUAUGGACAGAAUAUUCAACAUCGAUUCUGGAAAUGGUUCAAUUUUUACAUCGAAACUUCUUGACCGAGAAACAUUGCUGUGGCACAACAUUACAGUGAUAGCAACAGAGAUCAAUAAUCCAAAGCAAAGCAGCCGAGUACCACUGUAUAUUAAAGUUCUAGAUGUCAAUGACAACCCUCCAGAAUUUGCUGAAUUCUAUGAAACCUUUGUCUGUGAAAAAGCAAAAGCAGAUCAGUUGAUUCAGACCAUACGAGCCGUUGACAAGGAUGACCCUUACAGCGGGCACCAAUUCUCGUUCUCUUUGGCCCCAGAAGCAGCCAGUGGCUCAAACUUUACCAUUCAAGACAACAAAGACAACACAGCGGGAAUCUUAACUCGGAAAAAUGGCUAUAAUAGACACGAGAUGAGCACCUAUCUCCUGCCUGUGGUCAUAUCAGACAAUGACUACCCAGUCCAAAGCAGCACUGGGACAGUGACUGUCCGGGUCUGUGCGUGUGACCACCAAGGGAACAUGCAGUCCUGCCACGCGGAGGCCCUCGUCCACCCCACGGGGCUGAGCACGGGGGCUUUGGUUGCCAUCCUGCUGUGCAUCGUGACCCUACUAGUGACAGUGGUGUUGUUUGCAGCUCUCAGGCGACAGCGGAAAAAAGAACCUUUGAUCAUUUCCAAAGAGGACAUAAGAGACAACAUUGUCAGUUACAACGACGAAGGUGGGGGAGAGGAGGACACCCAGGCCUUUGAUAUCGGCACCCUAAGGAAUCCCGAAGCCAUAGAGGACAGCAAAUUACGCAGGGACAUUGUGCCCGAAGCCCUUUUUCUACCCCGACGGACUCCAGCAGCUUGUGAUAACACCGACGUCCGAGAUUUCAUUAACCAAAGGUUAAAGGAAAAUGACACGGACCCCACUGCCCCGCCCUACGACUCUUUGGCCACCUUCGCCUACGAGGGUACCGGCUCGGUGGCCGAUUCCCUGAGCUCGCUGGAGUCGGUGACCACGGAUGGAGACCAGGACUACGAUUACCUUAGUGACUGGGGGCCUCGGUUCAAAAAGCUCGCAGAUAUGUACGGAGGGGUGGGCAGUGACAAGGACUCCUGAUAUGUUGCCUUUUUCAUUUUCCAGUACGACACUGAAACAUGUGAAGUGGCUAUUUCCUUCUAUUUAUCCACCGCUCCGUGAAGGGUUCUCUGUUCUACCCAUUCCAAAAGUCAAUGGCUGCAGUCCGUGCGGAUCCAAUGUCAGAGACUUUUUUUCUAGUACACUUUUAUGAGCUUCUGAGAGGCAAAUGUUUAUUUUUUAGUGCAUCCAGUUAACCAUGUCAGUCCAACAGGCACCGUGCUGGAGGAGAGGCCGGGGAGUAAUCUUUUCCCCUGUUCUCUUAGUGCAGGUUUGGAACAUGCUCCAUUUCACUGGCCUGGUCUCUUACUACCUUGCAUUGACUCAAGGUCAGCUGACUGCUCUGUACAUUUCACAUGCUAAUGGGAUAAGGGAUUAUACUUUAUAAAAAUAUAGUUUUAGUUAAAGAAAUGAAGGAGGAACCACUGUUCCUGGUAUAUCAGCUCACAAGGAGAUGAUGAACUAUAUAUGGGUGUGUAUUUCUGUCAAAAAGAAUUUAAAAUGAUAUUUGCCAGUCCUGUUUAUCCUUCAUGAUCUUUUUCUGGCACCGAUGACUAUUCAAAACAUCAGAUCCACCAGUGUUUUGAGAUGCACCUUCUUCUUUAGGAAAUGAUGCCAAUUAAAUGGUAACAUUCAAAGAUAACCAAAAAAAAAAAAAAAAAAAUCUUAAUAAGACCUCAUUCCUUGCCACUGACUCAUAAUUUGUUAUAUAUUAGACAUACAAAAGUUUACCCUUGCACCAUAUAAAGGGAAAAGAAAAAUAGCUAAUAAAUGUUAACAAAGGAAAUAUUUAGCAUAUUUUAAAGUUUGGGCCACCAAAUGUAUCAUGGAUCACUUGAAAUUAUUUCAGCCGUCAGUAGGCUAAUUACAAAUAAGUCUAAAUUGUUUCAAAAGUUCUUGAAGGAACUUUUCUGAGACAAAAUUUUAACUCCUUGUCUGUAAUUGUCAGUAUUAUUCUAAUAUACUUGAAAGUAGCAGUGUGAAGUAAAAUAAUUCAUAUUCUUCAGAUACUUCUUAUACAAUUAAGUUGCAUUAGUGAAGGUAGAUUAAAUAAAACUCAGAUCCCUCUCUCAGAGUCUAAUGGGGAGGUAAGAGCCAGUCACACUUGAACUUGACACCCUGUCCUUCACGUUCGGAAAUAUCCAUAUAUUUAUAUAACAUGUUACAUAUAGACGGACAUUGAAAUCAUGGUGAAAACCUACAUAUUACAUGUUUGGAAGACACUUACAAAGGGAAAAUUUGGAUUCCCUUCAACAAGGGUGUUUAAGAUUGUAAUUAAAAUGAUAGCUGACUUUCAAAAGCAUUAAAAUUUUUUCAUUGUUUUUAACUUUGUUUCCACGGCAAUCCUGCCAUCCUUGUCUUUGAACUAAUGAUAAAGUAAUGGUCUCAAACUGCAACAGAAAAGUAAUGUACAAUCCAUCGAAUCCAUUAUUUCUCUAAUUAUGCAAUUAGCAUCAUAGUUAUCAUCCAGAGGACCCAACUGAACUGAACUAAUCCUUUUGGCAGGUUCAAAUCAUUUAUUUCAUUCGCUGUUCUAAUGAUUUUUGUCAUUAGACUCCUACAUUGUACAGUCAUCAGAAAUUUCCAAAGUACUGUAAUGAAACAUCCUUGUUUUGAAAACUUUGAAAAAAACAGGCUCUGUAUGUAUAUAAUAUGUACUUAAGAAUAUGCUGACUUCAAUUAUUAGUCUUAGGGAUUUAUUUUCAAUUA